AUGACUUACCAGUGUUAGAAAAAUAUGAAACUUAAUAAAUGUUUUAUUAUUGAUGUCUUUGGUAAAUUGCUUUUAUUCAGUAAAGAGAAGCAUAUAAGAAAAACUAAAUUGAUGGAAAUCAUGAAUAUUGAAGACAUAAAUCCUUUGCAAGCCAAUUGUAAUAAUGUAUAGGAUUGAACCAAAGUAUAGAUAACAAGAAAAGUAAAAGAUGUUUAGAACAAUGUAUAUUUGAUAACUUAAGAAUCAUAAGCAGAACUUUAAAAAAAUUUAUGAAUUAACAAAAUACCUGAAAAACUAAGAGAUAAAGAAAAUUUCUUUGAGGAAUCCUUAUAAAAUACCUUUAAAUAAUUAUCAUUCUCCUCCUCAAAUUAAUUUAAGUUGUUUGCAAGAGCCUUCUAAUAUUCUUUAACGGAUUAUUUUGUAAAUGUAAAACUUAAUCAUGAUAAACUCAGAGAUUAAAGGAAUUAUUUACUGUUAGCAAAAAUAUAUUUUCAAAUGUAUGCAUUAUAUGACAAUUUGGAUAUCGAGAGUUAAUCAUUAAUAAUUAAUUGAAAAGGCUUUAUCAAAGGUUGAUUUCUUUUUCUUAUAACACAGAUAAUAUUUACAACAAAAAUAUUACUGA